AGACAGAACCACCACUUGGUUGAGGCAUUGCAUGACCUAUGUUUAUAAUGGGUCUAACUUCAACUUGUUGGCUGAGAGCUCUAAGGAAAUAAAGCAAUGGACAUCUUUGCUUUAGUGUUUUUGAGUUCCAGUUUGCUUGUUUUCUCCUUUGUAUCCUCGGAUGCUGUUGACAGCAUUACUCAAUCCCAAACCCUCAGGGACAUUGAGAACACAACCUUGGUCUCUAAAGAUGGAGGCUUUGUCCUGGGUUUCUUCAGUCCAGGUAAUUCCAAUAACCGUUACUUGGGAAUUUGGUACAACAAUAUCCCAGUUAAAACGGUUGUUUGGGUAGCAAACCGGCUUAACCCAAUCCCAGACUCGUCUGGCGUGUUGAUGGUAAAAAGUUCAGGUAGUCUUGUUCUUCUCAGCCAGAAUACGACUGUUGCUUGGUCGGCAAAUUCAACAAAAGAGGCCAGGAAUCCAAUAGUACAUCUUUUAGAUUCUGGAAAUCUAGUAUCAAGAGAAGAGAAUGAAGACAAUUAUUUGUGGCAAAGCUUUGACUAUCCUUCUGAUACUUGGCUGCCAGGGAUGAAGCUUGGAUGGGACUUAGGGACUGGUCUGGAAAAGCGUCUAACUGAAUGGAAGAGUCUAGAUGACCCCUCUCCUGGAGAAAUGAGUUGGGGGAUUGAACUUAAUAAUUACCCUGAAUUAGUCAUGAAGAAAGGCUCCGAGAAGUACUUCCGGUCCGGCCCAUGGAAUGGCAUAUUUUUCAGUGGUAUGCCAGAGUUACAGGCCACCCCGCUUUUCAACUACACGUUUGUCUCCAACAAGGACGAGGUACACUUCAUGUUCGAACUUAUUGAAAUUUCUACAAUCACAAGAGUAGCUUUGAGCCAAUCACAGUAUAUGCACUUCGUGUGGGUGGAUGAAAAACAAAAAUGGAUGAUGUUCUUAUCUUUUCCGAAAGACGGAUGUGACGCUUACAAUUUUUGUGGUGCUUAUGGAAAUUGUAUCGUGGAUGAGUCACUUCCCUGUCACUGUGUAGAAGGAUUCAAGCCUGUGUCGCGAGGAACAGGGCACCAGGAAGAGUGGUAUAGGGGAUGUGUAGGAAUUACGCAAUUGAGCUGCGAGGAUAAAGAUAAAAUUGGGUUUUUUAAACUUCCUAGAUUCAAAAUGCCAGCUACCACUUAUUCUUGGUUGAACGAAAGUAUGAGUCUUAAUGAAUGCAGAGUCAAAUGUUUGAACAACUGUUCCUGUACGGCUUAUGCAAACUCAGAUAUUAGAGGUGGAGGAAGUGGCUGCGCCAUCUGGUUUGGAGAUCUAACUGAUAUUAGACAGAUGGCAGCUAACAAGGAGGAUGCUAAUAGUCAGGAUGUAUAUAUUCGAAUGCCUACUUCAGAGCAAGCAAAUUCAAUAAAAAAAGAGGUGAAAAACAAGCAAAAGACGAAGGUGGUAGUGAUAGUUGUGGUUGCCAUUGCCGUAAUAUUUGGGGUGCUCAUGAUUCCCUACAGCAUUUGGAAAAGGUCAAACUUCAGAGGGGAGGACUUGAUAUCAUUUGAUUUCAGCAACAAGGCUACACAACGAGGACUAAUCAAUAAGAAGAGGACUGGGAAAGGUCGAAAUAAGGAAAUGGAGCUUCCACUCUUUAGUUUUUCUAGUGUAUCUACUGCUACUAAUUACUUCAGUGCCUCAAAUAAGCUUGGAGAGGGGGGUUUUGGACCUGUUUACAAAGGAUCCUUGCUGAAUGGACAAUUAGUAGCAGUAAAAAGACUUUCGAGAAAAUCUGGACAAGGAUGGGAAGAGCUAAAAAAUGAGGCAAUGCUUAUAGCCAAACUCCAACACAAGAAUCUUGUGAAAUUGCUUGGCUGCUGCAUUGAAAGAGAUGAAAAGAUUUUGAUCUAUGAAUAUUUGCCCAAUAAAAGCUUAGAUUAUUUCCUUUUUGAUCCAAUUAGACAUGAGAUAAAAGAUUGGGCAACCCGAACUCACAUCAUUGAAGGGAUUGUUCAAGGGCUUCUUUACCUCCAUCAGUACUCCAGGUUACAAAUCAUUCAUAGAGAUUUGAAGGCCAGCAACAUCUUGCUGGAUAAAGACAUGAAUCCUAAAAUAUCAGAUUUUGGAUUGGCAAGAAUUUUUUGUGGGAAUGGGUCACAAGCAACCAAUCGAAUAGUGGGGACUUAUGGCUAUAUGUCCCCGGAAUAUGCCAUGGAAGGCCUCUUCUCAAUUAAAUCUGAUGUCUUUAGUUUUGGAGUAUUAUUGUUAGAGAUCUUGAGUGGCAAGAAGAAUACUGGUUUCUAUCAGAGUGACUCUAUCAAUCUUAUUGGAUAUACGUGGGAUUUGUGGAAAAGCAAUAGGUCGUUGGAGUUGAUGGAUCCAAUCCUCGAAGAUACUCCUCCUGCGAAUGUCCUUUUGAGUUACAUAAACAUAGCACUACUUUGCGUCCAAGAAAAUGCUGUUGAUAGGCCUACCAUAUCAGAUGUGAUCUCGAUGUUCAACAAGGAACCUGCACUUCUACCUUCACCAAAAAAACCAGCGUUUUCAUUUGGCAGAGGUAUGGAGGAUUUGGGUUCAUCAAAGAGAAAGCUAGAAAUUUGUUCUCUAAAUGACAUGACAGUCUCAAUUUUGGAAGCUCGGUGACAAUUUAGACUUUGUUGAUCAUACCUCAAUUGUUUAUCAUGUUACCUAGGCAUGUUUUAAAUAAACAAUAAUAUUAUUGAACUUGAGAAAACAAAAUUUACCAUUAGUCAUUGGCUUAUUGCCAUGUUGAUGUCUAUCAAGUCCUACAUUAAAAGCUUCUUCAAUCUGUUUCUCCUACUUUCAUUAUAUACCUCUUCUUCUUCU